UUCUUUUCGACUGGAUUAGAUGUCUAUCAAGAGUUCGAAUAGGUCGAUGUAAAACAAAGCUCUUACAUCCCACUUUUCUUCCUUGAUGCUAUAAACCUGGAAUGUAACAGAGGCAUAAUCACUUAUCUUUAAACAACUAUAAUAUUCACUUUUUUUCUUUUGUUUUAUACUCAUGUUUUCAAUCAGUUUUAAUUACCAAUUCGCCCUCAAUAUGAGAACAUUUUUGGGUUCGUUCUUCUCGUUUUGAUUUACUUAUCUUUCAUAUCUCUUGGAUGACAAAAUUUCUUCAGCAACUUACUAGUGCCUCUCCAUACACCGUUUUCUCUAUCCACCAACUCACUUUUCUCUCCUGAACUCAAAAGUGAUGCCACAAUCAAGCCGUUGAAUCCUUCACUCUUAAUAGGUUACAAAUUGCAAUAAAAACUUUCCAUCUCUUCUUCCCUUAAUAGGUUACAAAUUGCAAUAAAAACUUUCCAUCUCUUCUUCCCUUAACACAACACCACCAAAACACAAGUCAACAUUCCCACAUUUUUAUUUUUUCAUUAAAAUACAAAUUUCCCCAAACCACACCAAUUUCAAUGUCCUCCAAAUAUGAUUAAACUUUAAAUUUCCACAAAACAUAAACCCAUUCAAAGACCCAAAUGCCAUACCAAGUCAACUUUCAUAGAGUCCAAUACCAAUAGGCAAUACCUCAUCCCCUUCUCUUCUCCAAUGGAACAACCACCCAUCUGAUCAAAAUUCCCUUUCUCUGUUCUUCAAUGGAUUCCCCAAUUUCCUCAUUCCUUCUUUUAUUUGCCUUUUCCCUUCCCUUCGUCUUUGGAAACCCCUUAGAUUUAUACAGCUCCUGCAGCAACCUCUUCAACUGCGGCAAUAUCACCAACGUCGGCUUCCCCUUCUGGGGCGUCGGAAGGCCUCCCGACUGCGGCUAUCCGGCACUCCAAUUGGCCUGCGAAGGUAGUAAUACGACGAUCGUUAUUAUGGAAAUUAAAUAUCAGAUUCUCAAAUACAGCUUCCAAAAUAACUUCCAAACGCUCACCAUCGCCAGAACCGAUUAUAUGGGUACGCUCUGCCCUAAGAAAUUCAUCAACACCACAAUCGAUUACAAUCUCUUCAAUGAAAUUCCUACUUAUCGCAAUAUUACUUUGCUCUACUGCUCCUCUUCUACCGUCGCCGGGCAAUUUAGCUGUCCUGGAUAUAACGCCGGCUUCAUUCAGGUGAGCCCCAUGGAAUUUAUUCCCUGCAAUGUGAACGUGAUCGUGCCGGUUUCUAUGAAUUUCUUCCCGCCGGUGAGCGAUGUUGUGAACUCAACUGAGGUAUUGAAGGCCUUUAACGAGGGAUUUGAGGUGAGAUUGAAGGAGGACGGCGGUAGAUGUAGAAUUUGUGAGCAGUCGCAGGGGGUUUGCGGCUACGAUUUGAGUUCGAAUCGGACGACUUGCUAUUGUCGAGUGGGCGAUUCUAUUGACAACGGAGCUUGUAGGAAUCUUCAGGCCGGUGGAGCUCCGUCAUCUCCUCCGGGUGAGAAUCGAUCUAAUAAAACAAGCCUGAUAGUAGGCCUUUCUAUUGGAGGGGCAACUGUAUUAGGCCUAUGCUUAGGAUGCUUUGUUUUCUGCACUACACAACGCAAUAAAAAACGUGUUAUGAAGUUGAAAAGCAAAGAUCUUCCUUCACCUCCUUCAAGUGGAGGCAUUCCGACUCCCUCAACUUUUCGCUCUAGUAGUAUUCCUUCCUAUCCUUAUUCAAGAUCUAAUAUAGAGAACGGAAGCUCUUACUUUGGAGCUCAAGUCUUUACUUAUGCCGAACUUGAGGAAGCAACUCAUAAUUUUGACCGUUCAAGAGAGCUUGGAGAUGGAGGUUAUGGUACUGUCUACUUUGGAACUCUCAAGGAUGGAAGGACAGUCGCAGUAAAGCGGCUAUACGAGAAUAAUUACAAACGUGUUCAGCAGUUCACAAAUGAAGUUGAGAUUCUCUCAAAAUUGCAACAUCCUAAUCUCGUGAAGCUUUACGGAUGCACAUCGAGACAAAGCCAGGGACUCCUCCUUGUAUACGAGUACAUUUCUAAUGGAACAGUGGCUGACCAUCUUCAUGGAAAACAAGCAAAUUCAGGUCUCCUCACUUGGUCUGUUAGGCUCAAGAUUGCCAUAGAAACAGCUAAUGCACUGGCAUACCUCCAUCGAAAAGAUAUCAUUCAUCGCGAUGUCAAAACCAAUAACAUUCUUCUAGACAACAACUUCAAAGUAAAAGUGGCUGAUUUCGGCCUCUCACGGUUAUUUCCCAUCAACGUUACUCACGUUUCAACUGCUCCACAAGGAACACCAGGCUAUGUUGAUCCUGAGUACUAUCAGUGCUACCAACUUACCGACAAGAGCGAUGUUUAUAGCUUUGGAGUGGUUUUGGUCGAGCUUAUAUCGUCACUGCAGGCAGUUGACGUCAACAGGAACAGAGACGAUAUCAAUUUGUCUAAUAUGGCUAUCAAUAGAAUUCACAAUCAAGCAUUGGCUGAUUUAGUUGAUCCAGAUCUUGGGUUUGAGAGGGAUUAUGCAGUAAGGUCGAUGAUAAAGUCAGUGGCCGAGUUGGCUUAUCGAUGUCUUCAACAAACGAGAGAUGCGCGACCUUCAAUGGAUGAAGUGGUGGAAGCUCUUAGAGAAUUAGAGAAUGAAGAAGUGGCUGCUCGUAAAGCAGAAGUGCUAGUAGAUUUAGGUUCUGAUAAUGUGAGGCUUUUAAGAAAUACAUCAUCUCCGCAAUCACCAGAAUCUGGACCAGUGACAGAUAAAUGGAUGAAGGUCUUGAACAGAACAACUUAAUGCCAUCAAUAGCAGACAGCUCCAGAAAAUGGCCUCACAGCAGCGUUCUGUUUACUCUUUGUAACUAUUGAAACACAAAGAACAGAUUGGAAAUAGUGGAAGGUUUUGUAAUUUGAUUGGAAUACAUGACAAACCUCAUAGUUGGAUAGCACAUGUUAUAUGUCAAUUGAGAGAUACUAUACUGGUGAUUGUAAUUAACUUGUUUUCAUUUUUUAUAUACAUGUAGAUGAUGAGAUAGUUUAACUUAGCUGAUUUGAA